GCGCGCAUUUCCUAAUCCCCUUCCCCCACAACGCGCCCUUCCACCACCCAAACGACCGCCACGACCGCCACGAUCAAGACCCUAAACCACUCCUCAAAGGGCUCUGCACAGCGAACCGACUCAGAACUCGCAUUUGAGUCUCAUCGUCGACUCUAUAUCGAUCUAGCGGGCCCUGAACUGACCCUGUGGCAUAGUUAAACCUAGGUUUCACGUCGGCGCCCGUGUGAGAUUGCGCGACUUCAGCUGUCCGUUAUCGAGACGAACUUUUGCGACCGCCACAACUCCCACUUCAGUAAUCUCUCGGCUCUAUCGUGCGAGAUAAUAUCACUUUGGGCUCUUACAACUGUUCGAACUCUAUUGCGCAACAGUGAGGAGGUCAUAAUAAUAUAUUCUUACACGACAGGCUUGCCCCGACGCUCGAGUCUCCUGUUGCUACGAAAUUACGGGGUUACCUGACUUGUGGGCAUUUACCCCCCCGCCUAUGCGACCAUUCCCACCGUCUCGACACACGACAGUUCGAAUACACGGCAGAAAGGAACAACAAACAUUAAGAGGCAAAGAAGCUUAUACUCUGCAUACAUACUAUAAACGCAAUUAGCGCCGGGAGUUAUUCUGGGUGCGCUUUUUUGCUGUUCGCCUCAGCAUCCGUUGCACAGCCUCCGAGGCUGAGCUCCCCUGUACCUGAGAGGCUGAGGUGCCGCCCGCGUCAACGACACACGCCAACUGCUACGUCAGAUAUAGCGACAGUAGCAUAAAUACAUUUAGCAUCAUGGAUCACCAAGGGACUUCCCCGACUGGGGAGCACCCGAACCAUUUAAAGCAGGAGUCGUCGCCGCAGCCAAGUAGCUAUCAAGACGAUAUCAACCCCGCCAACCUCGGGCUCGGUAUCAACAACGGCAAUCUUCAGGAACAAUAUUCUAGCGGACAAUUUUCGCAGGGCCAGACUUUACCAGUAUUCGAGACGAACGUCGAACAGAACCAGCAAUUCUCGCAGGGGAACAUUGGAGAACCUCUUUACGCGUUGAGCCAAAACCAGAACGCCCAGCCAGAAUUCCAGCAACAGUUCGACGGCAACCAGCAGUACCAGAACCAGGAAUUCAACUACAGCAACAACUUCCUCGGAGUAAACAACUAUAACGGCGGAGACUUCUCGCUCUAUCCGAAUCCUCAGACCCAGAACGAGAUCUACGAUCCCUCGUUAUAUUUAAACGACUCGCCUCAGCCAUCUGUCAACCCGGCGGAUCUAAUUGGCGAUAUAUCCUCACCCCCACAUCACACACCAACACCGCCCCAGAUGCUCACAGCAGAGCUUCCGCAGACGUCGUCUGCUCAGCAUUCGCCAUCAUUCAACCAGCACCAAUUCCCGCGGUCGCCUGGACACUCGAGAACAGCCUCGUUGCAGCCGGAGAGCGCCCAGUUCCCGAAUGCCCAGCUCCCGACAGACUGGGGCAUGAUCCCACAGCAAUUCAAGACUCAUCGGAAGACUCCCUCGGAAUACUCUGAUGUCUCUGCAUCUUCGGUAGCGCCAUCGCCUAAUUUGGGACUCCAUGAUAGCUUUGACACAACGGACCAGCGCCAUUCUCCGCUAGUUCACCCACAGGACCAAGGUAUCUACCAGGACCUUGGAGCGAUGGGAAACUUCUCGAUAUCGGAUCCUCAUCAUGGGACUAGCCCUUUGAAUGGCAGGAGCCCGGCUCAUUCGCCCCAACCGUCACCACGACUCGAUCCGCAGCAGAUGGGCCAGAUGAACCAGCAGAGCCCGUUCAUGUUGAGUAUGAACAUGCCGAAUAAUGGAUACAUCCAACAGCCUACCCUGGAUAUGUAUGGUCAACAGCAAUUCAAGCAGGAGAAUUUUGGGGAGAUGGGCCAGGAACAGCAGGGCCAGGGACCACAGAUGCCGCCCCCUGAUAUCAAUAUCGAGUUUGCGCCGGCGUCGAGGCAGAACAGCUUCCCGGUGAAGGCACCGUUAGAUCAAGAUGCCCUGACCCCACCGCAACGAGGACGGCGACCUAGAGCUAGCUCCGAUAUUACCGGUACUGGGCUCUCGCAGUUUUCACGCCAAGGAACACCGAGCAACCUCGGCCCUGGUUCAGAUCGUGGAUCGUCUCCACCAGGUCGAUCACUGUCUCCUCUAGAUAGGGCCGGUGCAUCCACCCCAGGCCACCGACGCCGGCAGUCCACAUCCGCAAUUCCCAACCAGCGCGACUAUAUUCUCGGCCUCGCAGACCCCGAAUAUCAAGCCGCAUCCGGCAGCGCAGAAAACGGCAACCCGAAGCGCGUCCAGAAGCACCCCGCCACCUUCCAGUGCACCCUCUGCCCCAAGCGCUUCACCCGCGCUUACAACCUGCGCUCCCAUCUCAGAACCCACACCGACGAGCGACCCUUCGUCUGCACCGUCUGCAGCAAAGCCUUCGCGCGCCAACACGACCGAAAGCGGCACGAAGGGCUACACUCUGGCGAGAAGAAGUUCGUCUGCAAAGGCGAGCUAAAGCAAGGCGGACAAUGGGGCUGCGGCCGACGCUUCGCCCGCGCCGACGCCCUCGGUCGGCAUUUCCGCUCUGAAGCGGGCAGGAUCUGCAUCAAGCCGCUGCUGGACGAGGAGCACAUCGAGCGGCAGCGGCUGUGGCACGAGCAGCACAUGGCGCAGAAUAUGCAGCAGCAGCAACCGCUGCCGCCGCAGAGUAUGGACGCGAACGGGUUCCCCAUGGACGCGAGCGGGAACUACACGCUCCCUGCUGCGCUGCUGGCGCAGUACCCCGCGCUCGCGGGACUGAGCUGGGCGGAUCUGCCGCAGGGAGACGCGAUGGAGGAUGAUGUUAGUGGGAGGAGCAGCUUUGAUGCGAGUGGGAGUGAGUAUUAUGAUGAGGGGGAUGAGGGGGGGUAUGUGAGUGGGCCGGGGACGGGGUUUACGCAGGGGCAGAUGCCGGAUGGGUAUCGCGUUGAUUAUGCGAGUGAUUAUGGCGGCGGUGGUGGGAGGUGAGGAGGAGGGGUGCGAAGAGGCGGGUGAGAAAGGGGUGAGAAGGGGGGUUUAGCACGUGAGCAGAGCAGCAUGAUGGGGUGGUUUGGCUUGGUUUACAUUCUUUUUUCAUGGCUUGGCUUGGGAGGGGGGAAUGAUAGAAGGGGAUGGGAUGGGGAUCACUACUAUGGAUGAAAUACGGCGUCUUUUAUUUUUUCGACAUCGACAUACGGACGGGGCAUUAUGUAACGGCCUAUCGGUGGGGUCAUGUCCAUUUGAAUUGGGUUUAUUUAUUCUUCUCGACGCUUCUAUUUUUUUUUUCUCUCUUGGGAUCUAGUCGCUAUAUUCCCGCGAUGUUUUCUUGGUUGUCACGAUACCCUUCGAUCGGAUUAGACUAGCUGCAGCUUCUUACUUAUUACAGUAGUAUUAGUCGGUUAUGGAAUACUCUUUUUUUUGGUUAAUGCGCAUAUGUGGAUUUUUUGUUAUGUGGAUUUGUAUGCGGAUUUGUUAUGUGGACAGGCCCGAUUAGGCGCUGAUUUAGAUGGAGAUUUGAUGAGGUGGAUGCGGCGGUGCGUCAUUGUUUUCUGUGUGUGUGUUGUGUUGUGUUGUGUGUGUGGAGAUCCGUGGCGGCAUGGAGUGCGGGAGGGAGAGGUUGGUCAUGUGACUGGGGAUAGCCUUACCACACUGGUAC